CAUGAGGUUACAGGAAAAAGUCAAUGAUUUUUCUGCAGCCAUUCAGAAGCAAACGACACCGCGUGGCGGGUGUAGUAUUUGCCUGAUUGCCUGCGUAGAAACAUUCACUUAAUCCCCUCCACUGCUGUGAUGAGCCAGAAUACCGGCAUUUCCGUUGGAAUCAGACCACUACCCUCUCAACACCUUUUUGUCCUCGUUUAUUGCUUUUCAAUUUGGAAGAAUGCAAUGCGUGCGUUUACGGGAGUCCAUUCGUACCUCAUCAAGUGUGGGUACAUCAGUCUAUGUAUUUGUAACCCCUCCUGGUCAAUGUUUUUCAUGCUCGUCUUCUGGGCCGAAUCAUGUUAGGAAAAGGAGACACACGCGACUGGUUAUCGAGCUUGCCCGACAUGGAUACGACAGCUGGAGGAAUAUUUUCAAGCAUCCGCUCAUGACGGUGAUUAAAACUAUGACAAGUUUGCCUCUCCACAGAAUUUUACGGCAAGACUGCCAAAUUACCACAACAUGUCUACCUCUGUCCAGUUUGAAUGGGUGAUGAACCACCGUGAAUUCACUGAUGCAAUAGAGAAACAUUUCAAACAGUCAAUGUUCGAAUGUUUUUUCGCUUGUGUAUUGAUACCAAAUUGUGUCACCAUCAAUUAUCUCGAAAAAGAAGGAAUCCUUUGCCAGCUAAGCGAGAAGACAGCCAACUGUGCAACAGAAAAUAUGCUUCAGCUCAAGAAGGGAUUUCAUAUGUUUCGGCGUAAGAUUGACCAUCUAACGUUCAAAUAUGGUGGUAAGGCGUAUUUCCACCCACCUGCAAGGAGCUUGCUUCGAGGGUACGAAAAAUGGAUGGGGACAAGCUUCGAUGAUAAAAGCCGCACAUUGAUCACCGGCGUUGACUAUGGUCGGAAGUACCGUAAAUUAAGAGACAUAUGCGUGUACAGGAUUAGUGACAAGAACAUAUUUGAGCUUACUUCAAAAACAGAUGCAAAGAACAUCAGAAGAGUUGUCAGAGUAUUCGAGAAGUGAUCCCUCGUACAGCGACCAUUUUGUCCUGAUGUGCUGGUGACUCACAGCGCCAAAGCGAAAAACUUCACCAUGACGUCAUCAUGUGGACGCUUUUUGAUCACUUCGAUAAAACGACGACACUGGCAAUGACUAAGUCCGACCUGUCGGGCGUGUGUCCGGGCUGCAAGACGGAAAGGGUUUCCCGCGCCAGGAGUUGUAUGCCAGGAACGAAUGACCCUGUAGAUACACGUAGCUUGAUCAGACUACACCUCUAUUGCCAUGUAUUAAACCGCUUAUCCGACCAUGAGGAUAACAAACUAAAACGUUGGUAAGCCACUUAGAUUUAGUUGACUGACGUACUGCAAAGGAACACAGUUCCAUAAAAAGAAUUCUUGUUAUGAAUUUGGGCCAAGUGUACGAUACGUGAUUAACAUGAACGUUUGAGCAAAAUCGAUGACGUCCUGUCCGAAAGACACAGCGGGAACCGCUCUUUUUUUGGUGUUUGUGCGUUACGAGGAUGAACGUUCACGGCCGUCAACAGGAUCGAAAAUCCCCCUUCGAGGAGGAUCCUUAUUAGGCCUUACUAUAUUUAUCGCUUUAUUACUUCGUGUGGGGCUACAUUUGAAAAUAAACUCCGUGGAUUUAAACAACCGUCACAGAGUCGUGGAGCUGGUGGCCAAUUUUGAAAGAACUCAACCCUUUUCAUUCUAAGUUUGAAGGCUCUGCUCUCUGGGAGGAUUACAGUGAGCUGCGAGUAUUUCAGAAAGAUCAACAUCAAAACUUUUUAUUCUCCACAAAUGUCGUGUGGACGGAGUUACAGACGAGCCUAAACGAAGCUACAAAGAGGACUACGUGUCGUAGUGUAGACUGGAAUAGACAUUGUAGUCCAAUCUUUACUGAUACCGUCACAGCUUGGUGAUCGCGGAAACCCCGACAACCUUUUAGAGCAAACUGGCGGAUAUCAUUUCUCGAAAAGACUCGGACAACAUGCUAAUUCAGUUGUUUGAAACCAGACUUUACUCCAAAGGAAAGUUAUUUGUCAAGGACUGACGAUGUUGUUUUUGUGUAUCUCGGCUGCAAAUUUGGCACUUGAGGAACAGGGGAGAGGCAGACAGCAUAGUCCUAGGCCUCACAGCGGGAGAAGGAAGUCGGCCAGCAAACCAGUGGUGGUGAUUCCUGUCUGCAAGCAGCAUCACAGCCGGCCGAAUACACCGAAAAAGCCCUAGGGGCUUGAUCCAGGGACGUAAGGAUAUAAAGUGACGCAUAUGCAGGAAGAGACUGGAUAUCUCGUGUUCGAUUCAUCAUGGAACGUAAUGUUGGGCUAGCUUUGAAAGUAUCCUCUUCCAACGAGAGGAGGGCCCCCCGUUCAGAGUUUGCUGUGCGGGCGAAAUUGAAAAGGCAGGAUCAUGCAGAUUCGUCUAAGUUGUCUGGAAUUAUCAAAGGUUUCAAUCAGGAGCUGAAGCAGUGCCAUUCAAGUGUCCGGCGGGAGCAGACCAUGCUUGUCAAGCGAUGGAAAAUCUUAGCAAAGGCGGCCGAGAAGAACGCAGCCAAGACGCACCGGGAAGUGGAGGCAAUGGACUCACCCAAGACGCCGGACAGGAAAUACAGGGACCCAUCUGCUCCCUUGCUAUAUGAUAUUGGCUUCCCUGUGAGUAGACAUGGUCAAGUCUUGCUCUCGUUGCCUCGUAUACUGGUUUCGGCUCCGAACAUUGAAAAGUAUCGGAAGGAGAAAGAGUUGGUUACACAGCAAAGACGGAUAUUUGUUACCGGUAAAGCAAUUAGAAGCAGCAUGUCUUGCUUCUUUUCGCCUCUUGAACUUCCAGAUGAACCAAAUGAGUUUGACGAGUACAAAAUAUCCCGUAUAGCCUAUCCGAGAAUAGAAAGUAGACUUCAACGCAGCUACUCUUGUGAUACAUUAAGUUGCGAUGGAAAAAGUGAAGAAGAAAUGAAAGAGACAUAUAAUUUAACCGCGGCGGACCUUCGCCAGCGUGCUUCAAGCUACUCCAACCUCCACAAUGCGGCUACCAAUAUCGAUGGUUUCAUGAUCGAACCCGCGUCAAACUGUGCUGCUGGUGAGUCGAAAGUGGAGUCAUGCACCAAUGAGAAACAUCGUAUUCACCUGAGUUCUAGUCGACCUUUCGCUAGUAAAAUACAUGUAAAGAGAGGAACCUACCACGACUCCGUCUUACCCGACCCAUCGAGUACCAAUGCUAGUUCUGACUCAAAAAGGUACGGCCUGCCCUCAAGUUCAACUGCUGGUGUAGACCAAUCUUUUGAGACCACAGACAUGCGGACGAGAAGUCAUACGUUUUCCUCUACGCGUGAUAAGAUGUUCAAGGCCAGGAGGAAGGAUGUUGAAAUUCCUCCUGCGGCACUUGGGUCUGUCUCAAAUAAAGUACUGGGAGGGGACAGGAAACCUUCUCCUGUUCGGUGCCCCGUAUCAUCUAGGAGAGAGCAUGGAGGAAUACGAAGGAAGACAAUGCCACGAUCCGAAAGUGAACCCAAAGCUCAGCACCUUCCCGUUAGUAGGAGCAAUUCUGAUUUUGGUGCACUGCCAAAAAUUGUGAUACAAGACGAUAAUAAAUUAUGGUACCGGCGUGGUUCAGCUUCUCAUAUAAGUAAUGACAGCGAUGAGUCCAAUUCGAGAGUGAAUGCGCCGAAAGCUGCUUCGGCUUUACAAAUUUCCGAAUCGAUGGAGGAGUUGAGUUUAACGCCUCCUGAACGCAUGUCGCCAUCCUAUGACACUCGCCCAAGUUCAAGGUCACCCAGUCCGAGCAGAUGCAUUACACCCAUCCUGGUACGGUCAAGGUCACCGAGCCCUGCUAAUCGGGGAAAGCAAAGGUCACCACGACGAGUGACAUUUUCCAAUGACCCGGGCGAACACGAAUUGAACCCAUUUUCCGGGUCCUUUGCCGCUGGACUUUCCGAACAAGCAAGAACUGCUAUAGUGGCUUUGAAGCUUGAAGGAGAAAGUGCGGCUGAUUCAGACACAGAGGGUCUGAGUGUGCUAAGUAAUAAUGGAAGGCCAAUGUCACCUCGUCAGAGAAAGAUUAUGUCAGAUUUGCGGUCUUCCUCGCCAGUGAAAUGAUGCAGGCAGGUUUUGUUACGAAGAGCUACGCGCGACGAAGUACGAACCAUGUUGUGCAUUUUACCGACGAUUUUGUUUUUAAUAUUUCCAGACUUCUCCUUCAAUUUUUACUUCAAUGUAUAAACAAUGAUUCACGAGUGUCCCGUAAAUAGAUUAGCACAGGACUUGAUUACACCACAGAUCUUUGAAAAUGCUACGUCGCACCAGAGUCUUUAAAUAAAUUUAUUGGAAGACUCUGGUCGCACGUACUGAUUGCGAAACCUGCCUUGCAAGCCAUGGGAAAAAUCAUUGUCAUUGCAUUACCAUUUAAAGCUACGCUAUCAUCGGUCUUCUCGUUAGUUGACUCUUCUACUGGCAAAUUCCUAAAAACUAGGACCUUAUUGGGACAUGUUAUGAGAUGUUUUUAUUGAAAUUCUUUAUGGAUUUGCGGAACCUAUAUACGUGGAUGAAAUUACAGACUAGCCAAGCAAUGUCUUUGGGCGUUUAAGUGUCAUUUGGUGGUGAUUUGACAAACGGACAUCUACGGGAGAAGCCGAUGAUGUCAAGUUUGAUAUAUUGCAAGAUUCGAGGACUAGUUCGACAAUAUUCACGCAGAUACCAACGUGAUAUCUGCAUGAAUGAUGUUAUCUUGACAUAAGGUUGUUGUGGCGUUAGAGAAAGAGAAGUCUGCCUGUCAUUUUGUUUCUGGUCUUUAACUGAGCAGACCAUGCUUAAGUCCUGUAUUACAUUGACCAUUCAUCUUUAAUUGUAUUUCACUACACGGUAUCCACGGAGCAUUAGCCUAGUUAACCAACCGUAUAUCAUAGCUUUUACCUCUAGUGACUGAUUGACUUAAUCGCCUCUGUAACGUCCAUGUUCAAGCUCCAUGUUGUUGUUUAAGGUAUUUUGGUCGUAGACUUUGUUGACCUUCAAAACGAUUUACAUGUAUGUGCCGAACUAAAGUCUACGAUGUUUACCUCGAUUUCGGUAUUUUGUAUAAAGGAAUUCUUGGACCUAUGUAAUGAGCAAAUCAUUAUUGCAUAACAUCCCCGAUAUUAAUAAAUUAUGUAUACAAAUAUUUAUUUAAAUACAGUUUGUAAAUUAAGUCAUUGAGGGCUCCCUUGCAAAAAGCUCUCGAACCGUUGAAAUAUUCCCUAUGGACGAAGGCCCUUUGGCAUGUCGAGAUUGGUGAGAAAGGCGUAUAUCAACAUGUACGCGUAUUAAAAUCUUGGUUUUUAGAAACUUACGGAUUUUGAAAUUUAUGCAUUGACCAAGCCGCCUCAUUUGGGUAUUCUUUGAAUAUGGACCGAAACUUUCCCAUUACUUUUCCCAUUUACAUGUAGAUGGUGACCAGAUGGAUGGUGUGAUUUGGCCCUGGGAAUCGCUAACAAUGCACAUCAUUCGCACACUUUGUCAUCCUAUUUCGAGUAUACAUCAUUUGGCGCAAUUUUUUUCCACAACACACCAGAUUAAUUACAGAGGUCUGGAGAUUGCAUGGAAUAAAGAUCAAACACGACCAGGCUGUCGGAACAUGAUAUUUUUGGCCGUACUCCCAAGCAGUCGACGCGGUCUAUGGCUCAUCCGGCAGGACAUGAAAUGAAAAAGCGCCGCAUCGACAAAUUGUCGAUCGCCUAACCAUGCACUAGCAGGGUGCAGGCUGGGGUUCGCAAUAACCGCUGCUGAAACUAAACAUGCUUUAAGUUGGUGCCUUGCUUUUAGCCUCUUAUUGUUCCGUAACUGCAAAAUCUUUGAGGUGCUCUUCUGUUGUCAUCAAAAUAUUAGUCAUGGAAUUUUGGAAAGGGCGUUAAACGACAACAGCGUUCCUUAAAGCGCGUUCGGGUCAAAAUCGGCAUAUCUGUGAGACAAGCUGUACAGAAAAUAUGGCGAUUUCCCUGAAACACACUGCGUUGCGGUGCCAAUCUCUUCUGCGACACCUAGCGUCCUGAUGUUGAUUGUCAAUAAUCCGGAGCAAGAAAGCGAGAAAAUGUAGACUUCU